UCCCAGCCCGCCGCAUGUUUCUUUAUUUUUUGUUUUGCUUUGGAAUUCAAUCGUUAAAACUCCCUAAAAUCAAAGAAAAAUGAAACGACCUGCGACGAAAAAGAGUGAGGAUCUCGAGGAGGAGCCCCUGGCCAAGAAGCAAUUGCAGACAAAAGCGAAUUCCCUGCUGAAUGCCAAGGAUGUGGACAUCAAAGGCCUCAAGGCAUUCGUUCAACUGCUGAAGGAGAAACCUGACCAUGUGCAACCCGCCGAUGUGAUGAAUGUACUGGAAGUCAUAUUCAAGAAUCUACUAAAACGGAGAGCUCUGGACGGCACCGAAGGGAAGACGCUAAAGAUUCGCGAACUAUACGAUGAAACGUGGUUGCUUCUGAGGGAGAACCUGCUGGCGGAGAGUGCCGUGGCCCUGAAGGUCUGCUUCCAGCUCAUCAAGGUGGAGGCCAAGCAUCCAAUAGCACUGCGAAAGGGUUGGCCAGCCCACAGAGUUCGUGAGAUCUUGGAUACCCUGCUGGAUAGCGAGGAAGAGAUACCUGCAAAUGCCCUAACAAACUACGGGAAGUACUGCAAGAAUCUAGAUGUCUUGGAUAUUUCCCUAAAGCAUCUGGUGCAUCUGGUGCCCACGGAGGACUUUAAGGAUGCACCCAUCAAGGCAAUGAACUUCCUGUCCCUUGUCAACCUCAUCGAUCUGGGCAAGUCAGUACUAAAAGCAGCAGAGUAUCACGUGGAAACGGCGAAAGAAAAGAGUUUCAACGUGGAGCAGUGUGCCAAAAGACUGAACGACAUAUGGGCAGCUGUAAUGCUAAAGAGUAGCGGGGUCGACGAAAAGUUACAUCGCCAGAUCCUGGUGGUUCUGCUGGAGAGGGUUAUCAACCAUCUGGAGGAUCCCAUUCAAUUGACGGACUUCCUCAUGGACUCCCUGCAUCAGUUUGAUGGUCCCAUUGCCCUGCUUGCCCUGCAGGGACUCUUCACCUUGAUGCAAAAGCAGAACGUCACCUAUCCGGAUGUCUACGAGAAGCUGUACAAUAUGUUCUAUCCCAAGAUGUUUUACAACAAGUACAAGGCACGCCUUUUCUAUCUCGCCGAUAUCUUUCUGACCUCCACGCAUUUGCCGGAGAAUCUAGUGGCUGCCUUUGUGAAGCGACUAGCUCGCCUCGCCCUCCAAUCGCCCACCGAAGAUGCCGUCAUCAUGAUUCGUUUCGUUUGCAACCUUCUUUUGCGUCACACUGGCCUCCAGCAAUUAAUACGUUCGACUCAGGCAGCAGAUGAAAUCAGCGAUCCCUAUGAUGAGGAGGAAUCGAAUCCGGUUAAAUCGCAGGCCAUCAAUAGUUCGUUGUGGGAGAUUACCUUGCUGCAAAAGCAUGCUGUUCCCGAGGUGGCAAAUGCUGCACGAUUCAUCAACUCCUCAUUGCCCGUCAUGGAGUUCGACCUGGGGGAGUUACUGGACAGAAAGGAAUGCAAUAUUUUUGACGAUGAGCUGCAAACAAAGGCCAAGCAAUUUGCUUUAAAUUACGAACGUCCCAAGAGUUUGGCGCUGCCCAAAAAUGAGGUUGUGACCAAGUACUGGGACCUCAUCUAGAUUAGAGCCUUAAUAAUGUUAAGUUUAAGCAGGAUUAAAGUGUAGCCUUUUGGCCUGCUGUGGGGCCAACUCGGCCUGGAACCAA